AUGGACAUAUUAAAGAAUGCAAGCAGCGAGAGCUCGGGAAAGAGGGCGUGGACAGGAGGUGGAGGAGGGGGUGGGGCUGACUGGGGCAGAGGUGGAGGAGGCGGGGGCAGAAGGGAAAACAACAAGAGCUCCGAAUUCAGUUUUUCCUCACAGAAUCGCUAUUCUGCCCUCAACACGCAGCAGACUUUUGAUAAAGGAGGGGGAGGAAGCGAUGAACAGGAAAAACAUCUGGAGACCGUCAAGAAUGAUGUGGAGAUCUGGGAGACAUCAGGACAAUGGAUGUUUUCAUGUUAUGCCCCGACCAUCGCAACCAUUUCAGGUUUUGCAGAUCUCUCUCAGGAAGAGCUCAGGCUAGAGUACUGCAACAGCAGAGACUCGGGUGAUUUACAGAAUUAUACUAAUGGCAUCAAUCAAGCAGUCAACCAAUGGCGGAGCAGGGUCCAGGAGCUAAGAGCCAUGAAUGCAACCACUCGCGUGGCUUUGCUGGCUGAGCUGAACAACCCCACGCCCCAGGCCCCCCCGGCCGGCUGUGGCUCGGCCACGUCUGCCUUCGGGUCGUCCACGCCCAGCGUGGGCACUGGCUUGGGGUCCGCCGCACCGGCCCAGGCCAACACCUUCAGCUUCGCCGCCCCGGCCGCCGGCGGCUUCGGCUCCUCGGCUCCAGCGGCCCCCGCAGGUUUCGGCGCGGCCGCUGCGACCCCCGCGCAACCCAGCUUCGGGUUCGGCUCGGAACCGGCGGCGGCGGCGGCGGCGCCGGCAGCGUCCGGCUUCUCUUUCGCCGCUCCAGACCCCAACAAGGCUCCGGCCCCCGCAGGGUUUGGCUCCGCCUCCGCCUCCACUUUCAGCUUCUCUUCCGCCACGACGGCGGCGGCGGCCCCCGGGUUCGGUACGGCGGCCCCCGGGUUCGGUACGGCGGCCCCCGGGUUCGGUACGGCGGCCCCCGGGUUCGGUACGGCGGCCCCCGGGUUCGGGGCGGCGGCCCCCGGGUUCGGUGCGGCGGCCCCCGGGUUCGGGGCGGCGGCCCCCGGGUUCGGUACGGCGGCCCCGGCUGCGGGCAGCGGGAGCGUGUUCGGACAGGGGGGCGGGGGGUUCGGGGCGGCCCGACCCACGGGUCAACCAGCGGCAGCAGCAGCAGCAGGGGGGACCAGGAGCUCCGCCGGGGGGCCCGGGGACAGCCUCUUCACCCCCCAGAGUGAGUUGACCCCAGAGGAACUGGGUCAGUUUGGAGCCAAGAGGUUCACACUAGGACAGAUACCCCUGAAGCCCCCGCCGAUGGACAUGUUGGUGGGCUUUUAG